CAAUGUUGAUGUAUGGUGCGCAAGAGGCAUUUGCCUACCGUGCAAUGUUUCCAGGCAACGGGUACGACUACAAAUACGAGGGAGGAAAGCGCUGCGAUGCCUUUCGUGUCGUCUCCGUCCCGCUGCUACUCCUCUCACGCUCGGUUCUUUGGGCGGGAGUCCGGUAACCGUAGUACGACCAAGAUAAACGCCUCCAAAUUCGACUCGGAAUUGGACCGCAGCUACCAUGGCGCGUUAUCUUGGCCUUGCCAUGGCAUUGGCUAGUCAUGGCGCCUUCGCCGUUCUGACUCCAGAGCUUGUAUGGAGCGCACCACAGAGAGGUGUAGCAACACCAAAUCCGACCGGAGAUCUCGCGAUAUUCUCUGUAUCAGAAUAUUCGUUCGAAAACCAGUCAACUUCAGCCGCGUGGCAGUUGCUUGAUCUCAAGACUGGAAAAAUCAGUGAUGCGGGACUGAGCGCCGCCGAAGUGAAUGAGAUUGCCUGGAUACCUGGUACAGAGACGGGGAUCCUGUAUAUCAAUGCCACCAAUGAGAAAGUGCCUGGAGGGGUGACGUUGUGGAUCGGAGACAUCAAAAAGCCUUCAGAGAGCAAACUGGUAGCUUCGUUGGAGGCUCCGUUUUCCGGAUUGAAGGUUGCAAAAACCUCUACUGGGGAUUUGCAUUUCCUUGUCAACUCCUUGGCGUAUCAGAAUGGAACCGCUUUCAAUCCUGAGCUCGCGCCCAAGCCACGACACACCGGAAGACUCUACGAGAACAUCUAUCCACGUCACUGGGACCGGUGGUUGACCAAGGAGAGAUACGCCGUUUUUGGUGGCAGACUCCUCGUGAAUUCCAGCUACUCCCUGGCGCAACCGGGUGUGCGCAACUUCCUUCAGGGGGUUGAGUUCAACAUAACGAGACCCGAGUCACCUGUGCAACCCUUCGGUGGCAGUGACGACUAUGAUAUCAGUGCGGAUGGCAAGCUCUUUGCCUUCCUGAGCAAGGCUCCGCAUCUGAACAAGGCGGAGUUCACUGCGAGCUACAUCUAUGUUGGACCUUUUGAUGGAUCCCAGGUCGCUAAGGCUAUCAACGGGCCAAGUAGCGAAGCAGAUGCCGCCGGCCACAAAGGUGCAUCUGGACUGCCGACCUUCUCUCCCGACUCUUGCAAGCUCGCGUUUAUCCAGCAGGACGGGGAUUACUACGAGUCGGAUCGAUGGCAGCUGUACGUUGUUGAUAUCUCCAAGGGCGCAGACGGUGUUACAACCAGCAAUUACAAACCGCUCACUGCCAAAUGGGAUCGAUGGGUGGCCGCCAUCAAGUGGGCGCCUCGGGGUGAAUCCAUCUACGUGGCUGCGGAAGACUACGCCAUCAACCGGAUCUUCAACAUCCCCACCUCGGCGGACGGGGACUUCGUACCCAAGAACCAGACGUCGGUCACGUCGGUUGCAGGGUUUUAUGUUCUCCCGGAUUCCUCUUUACUCGUAUCGGCCACUGCAGUGUGGAGCACCCGGGAUUUCUACACUCUAAGGAACGGAACUCAGAAAGUCCUGUUCUCCUCCACCAAGGUGGAUCAGCAAUUGGCUGGUCUUGGGCCGCACACAUACUCGGAGAUCUUCUUCACCGGCUCUGCGGGCUUGGAACAGAAACUGCACGCGUUAGUCGUUAAGCCCAGCAAUUUCGUUGCCAACAAGACGUACCCGUUGGCGUACAUCAUUCACGGUGGGCCGCAGAGUGCGCAUCUCAACGCCUGGAGUAACAGGUGGAACUACCAAAUCUGGGCCGACCAAGGUUAUAUUGUCGUGGCGCCCAACCCUACUGGUAGCACUGGGUUCGGCCAGCAGCUCAUCGAUGCGAUUCAGGGUGACUGGGGAGGUGCUCCGUACGAGGAUCUGGUCCUGGGCUGGGAGUACGUCAAGGAAAAUCUUCCUUUUGUCGACACGGACAACGGCAUCGCUGCCGGCGCAAGCUUUGGUGGCUUUAUGACCAACUGGAUCCAAGGUCACGACCUGGGACGGAAGUUCAAGGCGCUCGUCACCCACGACGGCAUCUCUCAGACGCUUGCGUCAUAUGCGACGGACGAGUUGUGGUUCAUGCGCCACGAUUUCAACGGCACCAUAUACGAGUCGUUGGACGUGUAUGAACGCUGGAACCCCAUGAACCACGUUGCCAACUGGAGCACGCCGCAGUUCAUCAUCCACAACACGCUGGACUACCGGCUGCCCGAGAGCGAUGGGCUUUCACUGUUCAACAUUUUGCAGUCCAAGGGAGUGCCGUCGCGGUUCUUGAACUUCCCGGACGAACACCACCAGAUGCGGACGCCUGAGAAUGGGCGCUUCUGGUACGAGGAAGUGUUCAACUGGGUCAACCACUGGUCCAAGGGAGUGCCGCUGGAUAAGGAGGCGAUUGGAGAAUGACGGCGAGAGGACGGGACGAUGCGACGAUUUCAAGCUGGAAACGAUUGUUGUCGGCUGAAACAAGCACCACCAUACUCUCUCGAUCAUAAAGGUGAGGCAGCUCCCAGGCAGCCCGACCAUAUGGCAUAUAUAUAGCGCGGCCGCAGCAAGCUGCCAAUCAUAUAUAAUAUUAUUCAAAUCCCUCUGUGUUGGACAGCGACCCACCCCUUUCUUAAUGCAGUCAGUCUACAGCACCACCUUUCCAGGUUUCCCCAGUUCGCCAGUUCCCCAGUUCACGGCGGGGCAGUGUUCAACAGGUCCCACUACCAGGUC